GACGGAGCAGCCUUGAGCCCUGCGGGGGCCGUCGCGCGGGGGGACCCACCCGCUCUCCCCCCCAACCCUCCUCAGCAGAAGCAGCCGGCGGCGGGGGCAGGAGUCAGCCCGCUUCCGACUGCACCCCGCCCGUCUCCCGGGGCUCCCAUUCUUUGGCCCCGGGACCUUAAUCUCCUCCCGGGGCGGUUCCCUGUGUCUGGGCGUCCGAGUGCUGCCCACCUCUCUUUCAUUGCUCCCCGCACCUCCUUACCUUCACUUUGCCCCGGUUCUCUUUCUCCUCUCUGUCCUGCCCUGUCGCCUCCUCUGCUCACUCUGUCCCUCCUGCCUCCUUCCCUGGCUCUUUUCUGUUCGGGAAAGUUUAGUACCCCCCCCCGCCCCCCUAAUCAGGUCAACCUGACGAGGAGUAGGGGGAGAUGUAGGAAGGCCUGAGAGUUCGAGGGGGGAGCUAGUUUCCCUGAACAUUUCCCCCCAUCUUUUCACUUUGGGGUGGUUGGAAUUUUUUUCAGUUGCAUUUUUGAGGAGGUGGUAGGUGUUUAGAAAAGGAUGUGGGAAUGGAAGGGGUAGAUGAGUCAAGCCUCUUACAAGAUUCCCAGGGUGGUGUGUUACCUGAUCCUUUUCGCGUGUGGAGUUCAGGGGGUCGGGAGGUUUGGCCUUUAUUCCCACAUUCAAAGUUGGAACCUCCCCCGAAUUAAGGAUGGAGUUUUAGUACCCACUUGUGGCAGGAAACCUGGGGGGAAGGGGUCCCUUUUUCCUUUUCCUUUUUCUUUUUCUUUUCUCUUUUCUUUUAUUUUUUGGGGCAACCCACACCCUUCCACACACACUCACCCCCAAAUUAAACACCAAGAUCCUCUAACUUGUCUGGAUUGACUGAUGAAGACAUAAAGCCACUUCCGCUCCAUGAUUUUGGAGGUGGAGUGAGUGGGUUUUUUCUUCAUUUUUAAAUGGCCAAAUGACAGCUUGACCCAGUUUGCUUUCCAAUCAAAGGGCAUUUUUUUUUGAAUGUCUCUUUGUGGCGCAAGAGCCAACGCAAAAAUGAUGGCGGCUUACAAUGGCGGUACAUCUGCGGCAGCAGCAGGGCACCACCACCACCAUCACCACCACCUUCCACACCUCCCUCCUCCUCACCUUCACCACCACCACCACCCUCAGCACCAUCUUCAUCCCGGGUCGGCUGCUGCUGUCCACCCCGUACAGCAGCAUACCUCCUCUGCAGCUGCGGCAGCCGCAGCAGCGGCCGCAGCUGCAGCCAUGUUAAACCCUGGGCAGCAGCAGCCGUAUUUCCCAUCACCGGCACCGGGUCAGGCUCCUGGACCAGCUGCAGCAGCCCCAGCUCAGGUACAGGCUGCCGCAGCUGCCACAGUUAAGGCGCACCAUCAUCAGCACUCGCAUCAUCCACAACAGCAGCUGGAUAUUGAGCCGGAUAGACCUAUUGGAUAUGGAGCCUUUGGUGUCGUCUGGUCAGUAACAGAUCCAAGAGAUGGAAAGAGAGUAGCACUCAAAAAGAUGCCCAACGUCUUCCAGAAUCUGGUCUCUUGCAAAAGGGUCUUCCGGGAAUUGAAGAUGUUGUGUUUUUUUAAACAUGAUAAUGUACUCUCUGCCCUUGACAUACUCCAACCUCCACACAUUGACUAUUUUGAAGAAAUAUAUGUUGUCACAGAAUUGAUGCAGAGUGACCUACAUAAAAUUAUCGUCUCUCCUCAACCACUCAGCUCAGAUCAUGUCAAAGUUUUUCUUUAUCAGAUUUUGCGAGGUUUGAAAUAUCUCCAUUCAGCUGGCAUUUUACAUCGAGACAUUAAGCCAGGGAAUCUCCUUGUGAACAGCAACUGUGUUCUAAAGAUUUGUGAUUUUGGAUUGGCCAGAGUGGAAGAAUUAGAUGAAUCCCGUCACAUGACUCAGGAAGUUGUUACUCAGUAUUAUCGGGCUCCGGAAAUCCUGAUGGGCAGCCGUCAUUACAGCAAUGCUAUUGACAUCUGGUCUGUCGGAUGUAUCUUUGCAGAACUGCUAGGACGAAGAAUACUGUUUCAGGCACAGAGUCCCAUUCAGCAGUUGGAUUUGAUCACAGAUCUCUUGGGCACACCAUCACUGGAAGCAAUGAGGACAGCUUGUGAAGGUGCUAAGGCACACAUACUCAGGGGUCCUCAUAAACAGCCAUCUCUUCCUGUACUUUAUACCCUGUCUAGCCAGGCUACACAUGAAGCUGUUCAUCUCCUUUGCAGGAUGUUGGUCUUUGAUCCAUCCAAAAGAAUAUCCGCUAAGGAUGCCUUAGCCCACCCCUACCUAGAUGAAGGGCGACUGCGAUAUCACACGUGUAUGUGUAAAUGUUGCUUUUCCACCUCUACUGGAAGAGUUUAUACCAGUGACUUUGAGCCCAUCACCAAUCCCAAGUUUGAUGACACUUUUGAGAAGAACCUCAGUUCUGUCCGACAGGUUAAAGAAAUUAUUCAUCAGUUCAUUUUGGAACAGCAGAAAGGAAACAGAGUGCCUCUCUGCAUCAACCCUCAGUCUGCUGCUUUUAAGAGCUUUAUUAGGUCCAGUCAGGAGAAAGAAACCACACCCAGUAAUAUGAACAGGGAAAAUUUAAUAACAAGCAUUAACUAGGAAAAGAUGGUUAACUACUAAAAGGCAUGCAAGAGGAUUCUGAAGAGUCCGAAGUAGCAAAUGCGGAAAGCAAGUACUCCCUCUGGACUGAGGGAGAGUGAACAAGGGAGAAGUUGAGAACUUAGAGGAAGCCCCUCUCCCCAAGCUAAUAAGAUUUGGACCUCUUUGGAGAGGAGCCACAGGAACACAGCAUGAUGGUGAAGAAACUUUACAAAAGGGGUGAGCAGAGCUGAUCCAUCAAAGAGCCUGCUAGGUGGAGAGAAACUUGCCAGAAAGUUUGGGUAGACUAAAGCUGGGCCUUCCAAGGGAAAAAAAAAAAAGAGGCCUUGCAAUGCCCUUUCAGCGCCCUCUGUUGACAAAGAUUAUCACUGGGCCUGUGGCGAAGGAAAAAGGUGAACAGGGUCUGGCUCAGGUACCGCAGAGCAGCACGAAGGGAGGCUUUGAUCUGAAAGGCCACACGCUUCCUGCCUUCCUGCCUUUCCUUUUUCCCUCUCCUCCUUGCUUGUCUUUCCCUUCCCUUCACUUUCCUUUUAAUUGGCCUUGAUAUAGUGUUGAAGCUGAUUGAAUUUAUUGAACCAAGGUCAAGAAUUUUUGUUUAUAAUUUUUAAAAUCAGGUGACUUUCAUUCCUUCCAUGUAUUUUUCCGUAGAAAGAAGGAAUUAAGUUGCCUUUUUACUUCCCUGUGGUUUAAAAGUACUUUGUUUUAAUAUUUUUCCCUAAGAGUCAAUUAGGUGUUUUAAUACCUUUCAGGUGCAAGUUAUUCAUUAUCCUGGGCCCCCAGGAAGCAAAGUGACACACAUCCCCCUCAAGUCUAUAAUCUUGGCAACAUUAGACAGACAUGUGAAAUAACUGAUAAAACAGAUCUGUGGAUAACAAGUGCUAAACGAUUAUCAAUUAAAACUUGAUAAAAAAUGCUUAUGAGGCUCAUUCAAAAUAGGUCCCCACUUAAAAUCACCUUAUUUUGAGAAGCUACUUUUAAAUGGAUAAUUCUGUAUCCUUUAAGUUUAUCUUCCCGACUGAUUUAUAGGCAUUAUUAUUUAUAAUAGCUACCAUUUAUAUUAUGAAGUAGGCACUGUGAAAAACAUACAUUAUCUCAUUUAUUCAUCACAAUAUCCUAUGAGGUGGAUAGCAUCCCUUUCCAGGAGAGGAAAGAUGAAGGAAUUUGCUCGGUGUCAUACAACUAGUAAAUGAUGUGUUGCUUUCAAGCCCACUCAUUAGCUACGGUACCAUAUCACCUCACUAUAGAUACAGAUCCUUACAUGAACAAUUUGGAACAAAUGCACCUUUAGAGAAGUGAAAAGAAACAAAUAAAAAUCCAGGAAUGGACUUUACAAUUUUUUUUUAAAGGAAGGGGGGAAAACAGGCAGCAGUGAAUUGCCCUGUUGCCUUUUGUGGUGCUACAACCGGUUCACCGUGUCUCUCUUCUCUUCCAGUUCCACUGUUGCUCAGCCGUCUGAGAUGCCCCCAUCUCCUCUGGUGUGGGAGUGACGGUGGAAGAUAAUGUACUACUGAAGAUGUAAUGUAGCUUUCCACUGGAGUCUGGGAUUUGCAAUUCUGGAG